AUGGCGACUACUAAGGGUAAUAGUGUGGCUGCUGAGCCAGCAACGCUUGAAUUCCUAUUGGAAAGGAGGCGCAUCAAUCGGCAGAGAUACACCAAGUUGGAGAAAUCCUUGUUCCGAUAUUAUGAUGAUGUUCUUCCAGCAUUAGACGAUGAUGACCGUUCACCCGAGAAUGAGAUUAAAGUGAGGGCAGCCAUGUCUGCCAGAGAACAGUUGAAGUCAGCCUACAUGGACUUGCAAGAUACUCAAGACCAAGUGGAUUAUCACAGAGAUAACGAGGAGAGGCUGAACGCUAUGUCUGACGACCAGAGGAGAAGAGAAGAUAAAGAUGAGCAAGACUAUAGAGAGAGGUACUUCAACUGUGAUGCCAAGAUCCAGAGGUUGGAGAAAGACUGGUUCAGGCCGACAAAGGAGAGGAGUGAGAGUGAAGGCAAAGGAUCCCAUCAUAGUAGCCAGAGCAACAUUGAAGUGUUAACAAAGGGUUUAGCAGAGGCUUUUAAAUCCAUGAACAAUGGAAUAUCAGGAGAGCAGCUCACAACCAUCUCGUCAACUUUGACCAAGAAGAAGAGAGAGCUACCCAUACCAAAAUUUAGCGGCGACCCGCAUUUCUUCGAUCAAUGGCGAGAGCUGUUAGAAGCGGAGUUGGCGAAGCCAGGUUAUUCGGAGGUGGAAAAGACGCACUUUACCAUUACAUUACUAGAGGGCGAGUGUAGAAAGUUAGUAGCGGGUAUGAAAGAUCCUGAUUACCAAGACAUCCUCCAAGUUUUAGAAAGCAAGUAUGGUGACGUGGAGAGUUGUGUGCAGAAGGCUGUAAUCGAGAUAGCCAACAUGGAGGCACCGAGCUCCCUUGCACUAAAAGACAUGGAGCCAUUCUGCCAUAAGCUUGUGUCAGCAUGGAAUUAUAUUUUAAAGAAAACGGAGGCUCUAUGUGAACUAGACGAAACAAGCUGGAUUUUCACGGCGUUGGUCAGGCCCAAAAUUCCCAAAACACUGUUGCGAAAGUGGGAUGGCGAAAAGCUGAAGGCAAAAACAAAGUCGACUUUGCCGCUGAAAUUUCCCGACUUACUGGAAAGGCUACUCGACGCCCUGCAAGUUACCCGAAGGACGGAAAUGGAGGGGGGAAAGCGACCAACCACAAGUAGUAGUACUUCACACUCACAGAAACCAGAGAAAAAACAUACUAGUAUUAGUUAUGGCAAGCCAAGUGCAUAUGCAUUGAAUGUCAAUGCUACAAGUAACCCUAAAGCUGGACAAUCAAAACAGAAGACGCAGAGUCGAACUCCCAAGUGCCCUGUAUGCCAAGAAGCACAUCUACUUUAUCAGUGCCAGACCUUCAAAGCCAUGAGUGUCAGUGAUCGCAUAGACAAGGUCAAGAGUUUAAAACUUUGUUUUAACUGCUUUGCUUCGCAUUAUGUCAAAGACUGUAAUUCAAGACACUGUCAGAGAUGUGGGAAGAAACAUCAUACCUUGAUCCAUUAUGAUCGUGAGCCAGAGCUACCGGAAGAAGAGCAAGUACAAGGUCUACGUCAAAAAACGGAAUUUCCCAAGAGUGUAGGACUUGUCAAGGCCAUUACAGGUCCAAGGGAGAUAUUGAUGCAAUCCACUCUAGCAAGAAUCGAAUCACGAGGAGCAAUUUCAGUAGCGAGAAUCUUAUUUGAUACAGGCAGCGGUGUAUCAUUCAUAAGUAACAAGAUGGCAAGAAAACUGGACUUGCGAAGACCCAAGGUUGAGGCAGAAUUUUCACUAGCCGGUGGUAACCAGAUGAGAUUGAAAACAGAGAGAGUUAAGUUUCAUCUAUCAAGCGCUAUUCCUAAUUGGAAAGGUGAGGAAUUUGAGAUAGAGGCCUACACAGUUGAUCAGCCUAGCAUGGACCUCAACUGCGUGAGAGUAGAUUUGUCAAAGCUGCAACACUUACAGGGAUUGCAGAUAGCAGACACAUACCCCCGUGAAUCGGCUGAAAUUGAUGUUAUGUUGGGGCUAGAGGAUACGACAAACAUCUUACUGCCUGUGAGAAAAACUGGACCACCAGGAAUGCCAACUGCCACAAAGAGUCAUUUUGGAUUGGUACUUUCAGGUAUCUGCCCAAUAGAGGAGCCAAACCAACGACAUGGAAAGAUUGGUAUGGUAAACACGUGUCAUAGAGUUUCCUUGGAGAAUGAAACUGACUUUGCAGCCAGACAUUGGGACCUAGAACACUUGGGAAUAUUACCUAAUGAGGUCAAGCACCAAGCCACAGAAUUGGAGAUUGAUGCAUUGCAGCAGCAUCUUGAUAAUACAAAACUCGUAGAUGGUCAUUACGUCACAGGUUUGAUUCGCCAUCCGGACUGGAAGGACAAGUCUUUAGAAUCAAAUCGAACCUUAGCAGAGAAACGUCUCGAGGGGUUGGAAAGAAGAUUACAGAGGGACCCAGACUUGGGAGAGGCCUACCAAGAACAGAUCCAAGAGUUAGUUGAUAAAGGGCGUGCCGAGAAAGUUGAGGAAUUGGAGAAACAAGCGCAAGCAAUAUGGUACUUGCCUCAUCACCCUGUUUUGUUAGAAUGGAUAAAUCAACCACAAAGGUGCGUGUUGUGUUUGACGGCUCCGCCAAAGGACCAGAGGGGGUGUCACUAA